AUAAUAUCUUAACCACCUUUCUCUCUCCUCUUCCUCCCUUCCUCUUCUCUCUCUCUCUUCAUCAAUUUCUGAUAUUUCCACAAUAAGUGAAAGCUCCGUUACACCCUUUUGUUUCAAAUCCUCAUCGUCAUCAUCAUCACCAACUUUUCUGUGAGGAAUCACAACUCAACUCAAAAGAAGGAAAGCAGAAGUAUGACAGAGGAGCAACCCAAAAAGCUGGACGCUGAAUCCCCAUCGGAGCCUCCGCCGCCGCCGCCUCAUGAGGCCCCUCCACCGCCACCGCCGCCGCCGCCUCAUGAGGAGCCUCCCCCACCGCAACCACCAGCACCUCCACCUCAUGAGGAGCCUCCAAAAGAUGUGACUGAGGAGAAAUCUGUAACUCCGGCACCUCCUUCUGAAGAACUUAAGACUCUUGCUAUAGUUGAAAAGCCUCAAGAAGCUUCUGCAGAGAAACCAUCUGAAGGCUCUGCAAAUCGAGAUGCAGUGUUGGCUAGAGUUGCAACAGAGAAGAGGCUUUCACUAGUCAAAGCAUGGGAAGAAAGUGAAAAAUCAAAAGCAGAGAACAAAGCACACAAGAAGUUAUCAGCGAUUUCAGCAUGGGAGAACAGCAAGAAAGCAGCCAUUGAGGCUGAAUUAAAAAGGAUUGAAGAACAACUUGAAAAGAAGAAGGCUGAAUACGUGGAGAAAAUGAAAAACAGAGUCGCUAUGAUCCACAAGGAGGCUGAAGAGAAGAGGGCAAUUAUUGAUGCCAAGAAAGGGGAAGAUCUUCUCAAGGCAGAGGAAGCAGCUGCAAAAUACAGGGCCACUGGAACUGCUCCCAAGAAGAUCCUUGGCUGUUUCUGAUACUGAAAUCCUGAGAUCUCAUGAGAAAACCAAGAAAGUUGAUUUGGUAGUGUUUUAUUUUUUCCGGUGAACAGUUGUUAGCGCACGUUCUUUGACUGUUCAAAUGUGAGUACAGAUGUGUCGUUUGUUGGUGUCAGUACAGAUGUGUUACUUGUAUUUAAAUUAUUUGUUGGGGAUUUAGUUGAUGUUCAUUUAUGAUGUGUGCAUAUCAAUAUUGGUGUGAGUGCUCCAAUUACUUUAGACAUUAAGAAAUUAUAAAGUUUAGUUUGUUGUA